GCGAUGCCGAUUGGGCCGCCGGGUUUGGCGCUCGGUCCGGGAGGGUGAAUCCGGCGGCCGGAGGCAGAGAGGAGCGGAGAGGGGACCCGGAGGCGGCAGCACCGGCGGGGGUUGGGGGGUGUCCAUAUCAAAUUGGGAGCCUCUGGAAUGUUUAUUUGUGGUAACCAGAAAGCAUGUUGUGAAGGGAUAAUCAUGGGUCAGACGGGAAAGAAAUCUGAAAAGGGACCAAUUUGUUGGCGGAAGCGUGUAAAAUCAGAAUACAUGCGACUGAGGCAGCUCAAGAGGUUCCGCCGGGCAGAUGAAGUUAAGAGUAUGUUUAAUUCUAAUCGUCAGAAGAUACUGGAAAGAACAGAAAUCUUAAAUCAAGAAUGGAAACAACGUAGGAUACAGCCUGUACACAUCAUGACUUCUGUGAGCUCAUUGCGUGGGACCAGGGAGUGCUCUGUUACCAGUGACUUAGAUUUUCCAAAACAAGUCAUCCCGCUCAAGACUCUGAAUGCUGUUGCUUCAGUGCCCAUAAUGUAUUCUUGGUCUCCCCUUCAGCAAAAUUUUAUGGUAGAGGAUGAAACGGUUUUACAUAACAUUCCUUAUAUGGGAGAUGAAGUGCUUGACCAGGAUGGAACCUUUAUUGAAGAACUGAUCAAGAACUAUGAUGGAAAAGUACAUGGAGACAGAGAAUGCGGAUUUAUCAAUGAUGAGAUAUUUGUGGAGCUGGUAAAUGCACUUGGUCAGUAUAGUGAUGAUGAAGAUGAUGAUGAUGGAGAUGACAAUCCUGAUGAGCAAGAUGAAAAACAGAAAGACCGAGAAGGCAACAGAAUGGACAAAGAGAGCCAUCCACCUCGGAAGUUUCCUUCUGACAAGAUAUUUGAAGCCAUUUCCUCGAUGUUUCCGGACAAGGGUACAGCAGAGGAAUUGAAGGAGAAAUACAAAGAACUCACAGAGCAGCAGCUGCCAGGAGCUCUUCCUCCUGAGUGCACACCAAACAUAGAUGGACCAAAUGCAAAAUCUGUUCAGAGGGAGCAGAGUCUGCACUCCUUUCAUACGCUCUUCUGUAGGCGCUGUUUUAAAUAUGACUGCUUCUUACAUCCAUUCCACGCAACUCCUAACACUUACAAACGGAAGAAUACAGAAACAGCAAUAGAUAAUAAACCUUGUGGACAGCAUUGUUAUCAGCAUCUGGAAGGGGCAAAGGAGUUUGCAGCUGCUCUGACUGCUGAGCGAAUAAAGACACCACCAAAGCGCCCAGGUGGCCGCCGAAGAGGAAGACUUCCAAAUAACACCAGCAGGCCCAGCACACCAACAAUAAAUGUGUUGGAAUCAAAGGACACAGAUAGUGACAGGGAAGCAGGAGCAGAAACUGGAGGUGAAAAUAAUGAUAAAGAGGAAGAAGAGAAGAAAGAUGAAACAUCCAGUUCCUCUGAGGCAAAUUCUAGGUGUCAGACACCAAUAAAGAUGAAGCCAAAUAUUGAGCCUCCUGAGAAUGUGGAAUGGAGUGGUGCAGAAGCCUCGAUGUUCAGAGUUCUCAUUGGUACUUACUAUGACAACUUCUGUGCAAUUGCUAGAUUAAUUGGGACCAAAACAUGCAGGCAGGUGUAUGAGUUUAGAGUAAAAGAAUCUAGUAUUAUUGCUCCAGUUCCUGCUGAAGAUGUUGAUACUCCUCCAAGAAAGAAGAAGAGGAAGCACAGGUUGUGGGCCGCUCAUUGCAGAAAGAUACAGCUGAAAAAGGAUGGGUCAUCUAAUCAUGUUUACAACUACCAGCCAUGUGAUCAUCCUCGUCAGCCUUGUGACAGCUCAUGUCCUUGUGUAAUUGCUCAGAACUUUUGUGAGAAGUUUUGUCAGUGCAGCUCAGAAUGCCAAAACAGGUUUCCUGGAUGCCGCUGCAAAGCACAGUGCAACACUAAGCAGUGUCCAUGCUAUCUGGCUGUACGUGAAUGUGAUCCAGACCUCUGUCUGACAUGUGGAGCAGCCGAUCACUGGGACAGCAAAAAUGUUUCUUGCAAGAACUGCAGCAUUCAGAGGGGAUCCAAAAAGCAUUUGCUGUUGGCACCUUCAGAUGUGGCAGGCUGGGGAAUUUUCAUCAAAGAUCCCGUACAGAAGAAUGAAUUCAUCUCUGAGUACUGUGGUGAGAUUAUUUCUCAGGAUGAGGCAGACAGAAGAGGGAAGGUAUAUGACAAGUACAUGUGCAGCUUUCUAUUCAAUCUGAAUAACGAUUUUGUGGUUGAUGCAACACGCAAGGGUAACAAAAUCCGAUUUGCAAACCAUUCAGUAAAUCCCAACUGCUAUGCAAAAGUUAUGAUGGUUAAUGGAGAUCACAGAAUAGGUAUAUUUGCUAAGAGAGCCAUUCAGACUGGUGAAGAGCUGUUUUUUGACUACAGAUACAGCCAGGCUGAUGCACUGAAAUAUGUAGGCAUUGAAAGAGAAAUGGAAAUCCCUUGAUACCAGCUACCUCUACUUUUGAACAGCUGCCUUAUCUCCAGGAAUUUUCUAGUACUGUGGGCAAUUUUAGAAAAAUGAUGCAAUUUGAAAUUCUGAAUUUGCAAAGUACUGUAACAGUAAUUUAUAGUAAAUUUCAAAAUCAACUUUUUAUUGCCUUCUCACCAGCUGCAAAGUGUUUUGUACCAAUGAACUUUUGCAAUAAUGCGGUGUGGUACAUUUUUCAACCUUGAAUAAAGGAUACUUGAACUUCUU